AUGCGUUUGGAAGCUGACAAAUGUGAGAAGAGACCCCCAGUAAUAGGUUGUGCGCUAAGCUGGGAGUCCGCCACAUGUAAUGGUUGUGGUAAUGCAAUUGGCAAUGUUAAUGGUAUUGGUAGUGGUAAUGGUAAUGGUAAUUGUAGUAGUAUUUAUAGUAGUAAUGAUAAUGUUUAUAGUAAAGGUAGUGGUAUUGAUAAUGAUAAUGGUAAGGGUAAGGGUAAAGGUAAUAAUGGUAAAGGUUAUGGUAAUGGUUGCUGUGACCGACCGGAUUCGUUCCACCAAUUGAAUUGGCAUCCAUCGCAUGUGAGUGUUGGUAAUUUGUUAGAUGUACCCAUAAGAUACGGUCAACUUGCAGCACUCGUACGUAGAGGCAACAACUAUGGCAAACUUGAUUGUAAUGGCAGUGGUAAUGCAAUUGGCAAUGUUAAUGGUAAUGGUAAUUGUAAUAGUAUUUAUGGUAGUAAUGAUAAUGUUUAUAGUAAAGGUAAUGGUAUCGAUAAUGAUAAUGAUAAUGGUAAGGGUAAAGGUAAUAAUGGUAAUGGUUAUGGUAAUGGUAACUACAUUACUGUAACGGUAAUGGUAAUGGUAAUGAUAAUAUUACUGGCAGUGGUAACGGUUAUGGUUUUGUUAAUGGUAAAGGAAAUCAUAAUGGUAAACGAAACUAUUGAUUGA